GUAUGGUCCGUACUAAGGAUAUAGCGUGAUGGAGGAUUGUGGUUGAUUUUUCUAGUUAGUGUUUAUAAACGGCUUGAAAUUCUUUGGUAAUCCCGUGAAUCUGCACAGACCUGCCCGGUGAAGAUGACAGACUACUGGAAAUCACAGCCAAAGAAAUUCUGCCAAUACUGCAAGUGCUGGAUAGCAGACAACAAGCCUAGUAUUGAAUUUCACGAACGAGGCAAGAACCACAAGGAGAAUGUUCACGCCAAGAUCAGUGAGAUUAAGAAGAAGAGCAUGGACAAAGCUAAGCAGGAGGAUCGCAUGUCAAAAGAGUUCGCAGCGAUGGAGGAGGCAGCUCUGAAAGCUUAUCAGGAAGAUCUUAAGAGAUUAGGAUCUGAUUCAGCAUCAUCCACGCCAGCAUCCACAGCAAUUCCAAGACAAAAGGCAAGAAAGAAAGUUUCAGCAGCAGACACUGAGGGAGCAGGCGUCUGGGUGGAGGGAGUCACUGAAGAUUUCAACACAUACUACUACAACACAGCAACUGGAGAAUCACGAUGGGACAAGCCUGAUGGGUUUCAGGAAAGAUCUUCUAGAGAAACUGAACAGAAAUCAGCAAGCAGCCCCUGGGUUGAAGCUGUCAGUGCAGAGGGUUACACCUACUAUUAUAACACAGUAACGGGAGAGUCGAAGUGGGCGAAUCCUGAGGACUCGGUCACUCCGCCUGGUGUAGCCCAGGAUGAAGGCAGUGGGGACAGUGCAGAGUGUGUGGAGCCUCCCUCCCUGGAGCCAGACUCUGAAUCAGCAGAGCACAGCACUGAGGAGGGGGGCUGGGCAGAGCCUGCAGCUCAGAACACUGAGGAGGGGGGCGGGGCAGAGCCUGCAGCUCAGAACACUGAGGAGGGGGGCGGGGCAGAGCCUGCAGCUCAGAACACUGAGGAGGGGGGUGGGGCAGAGCCUGCAGCGCUGGGAGAAGCACAGAAGCACAAGAUCAGCUUCAGAUGGAAAAGUCCAACUGAAGAGAAGAGCAAUCUCUCUGAGGAGAACAGCAAAUCCGAGGACAAGGAGGAAACCAAGGAAGAGACCUUCUCCCCUGAUGGAGAGGAGGAGAGCAAGGCCAAGAGAAAGCAGAAGAGCAAUCCGUACGGAGUCUGGGAACAAAUCCAGGAGGAGGAAGACCCAUAUAAGCAAGUGGACAUGCAGUUGCCUCAAGUGGAAUCCUGUCCAUCAGGUCCUGACAUUCCUCAGGAGCCCAAAGUGAAGUUUAAAGAGAGAACCAUCACCUCCCUAGGAGACGAGACCGGGGAAGCAGUGGCCUUCAAAAAGAGAAAGCUCGAAAACGGCAAAUCUAGAAACCUCAGGCAGCGACGAACGGAUGAGUAAUCUCCUUUCAUCAAACUAGAGACUUGAGCAGGAAGGGUGCCGACAGUUUUAACUGCAUUGAGAGAAGCUUUCUGUUUUAAGAAAAAAAAAGUGUGUACAUCAGCUUGAGCAUUAAACAGCUGGUCUGCUGUAUGAGUUCCUUACAUUUCCAUGGGAUCUGUAAAUAUAAAUGUGUAUUUGCUUAAUUAGGUGUUUUUGUGAUGUUGUGCUUGAGGGCUUCAGCUGAAGAAUCUCUUAUUUUUAUUUACAGUUUUAAAAUAAAAAUACCCACAGGUUUAGUCUGUCUUUUUUUUUUUUUUCUUGUUGAUAUGCUUCACUUGCUUACUUGACAUAAUCAAGUGAAACUAUCCAUUAUAUAAAUGUUCGCUGUCUGGAAAAAAAAAAAUAUAUAUUUCUCUACUGGACAUUCUCUUCAGUAUUUUUCUAUCUUUUUUUUUUUCAGAUUUUGGGAUUGUAUGAUGUUUUUGGAGUCUAAAUGUAAAUUUUAUAUGCAUCUGUGAAAGAAUUUGAUACAGGCACCAAAUGUAUGAAUUCACAGCCGCAAAAUAAUUAAAAAAAAAUCUGUUCUU